UAGCAUAAGUAGUUAUUUUGAAGAUUCCAUUCUUGUUGUAUAUAAACAACGUUCUGUACAACACUAUAUUCAUUCAUUCAAUACAGAAAAGAGAAUUUUCUCAAUCUAUCCUCUUCCUAUUCUGUCAUGGUAUUAGAGCAGUGCUGAUCUGCUUCAAGCCACGUUUCUUUUUAUUAUUCAAAUUCAACUUCUUUUCUCAUUUACAAUGGGAACAAAUUCACAAACCACUGAUACACUCAUCUCCUCUCCCCCUGUUCCAACAGCUUCUGUAUCAGCUGGUUCUAGUGGUAUUGGUUUAGUUGAUUCAGCUCAUCCCUACUACCUCCAUCCUUCAGACUACCCAAGAAUGAACCCGGUCUCCUCAGUGUUUGAUGGCAGAGGUUAUGGUGGGUGGAGGAGAGCCGUAGUCAUAGCUUUAUCCGCUAAGAACAAGCUAGGAUUCAUUGAUGGAACACUAGUUGUUCCAGAUGCAGAUUCUGGCCUUCAAAGAGCUUGGGCAAGAUGCAACGACAUGGUCCUUUCUUGGCUCCUCAACUCACUUUCCAAAGAAAUUGCUGAGAGUGUCUUGUACUCACAGAGUGCAAAAGAUCCGUGGCAUGACCUGGAAGAUAGGUUUGGUCAGGCAAGUGGAGCAAAGUUGUUUCAGCUACAAAAAGAACUAAGUGCUGUGGUGCAAGGGGAGUCUGGUUCCUUCAUGGUAACAAACCAAGCAGCUGGGAAGAAAUUUGGUGAUUCCAAAGGACAGAAGGGGUCCUAUGAUGCAAAGAAGAAUUCAGGGAUUUGUGCUUACUGCAAGAAGCUAGGACAUAGCAUUGAUAAGUGCUAUAGGGUCCAUGGUUUUCCUGCAGAUUUCAAAUUCACAAAGCCAAGGAAAUUUUAG